AUGGAUUCAGCUUAUGCUACUUCAUCAUAUGGAACGAACAUGAUGGGUUAUGAUGACAAUGUUCAGAUGUUUCUGGAAAACGUUUCGAGGCAAAUGGCACAACCUUCACAAUCUCGAAAUCGAUUGUCUUUGUCGAAUGGACAGAGAAAUAUGGGACCAAUGCGAGUUAUCAAACCAAACAGUACCAACAACAGCCCACGAUGCUCCACAAAACAGAACCGACGCAGGACUCUCAUGUCGGAUGGCUCAUACCAACGACAGAUGAUGAUGCUCAACCAACAACAGCAACAGCAACAGCAACAAAUGAUGGUGACUAAUGAAUGGGAAUCGAACAAUGGACUUCCAGUACAGAUGCCAAUGAAAUCGAAUCGUCCUGUUAGUUGGCAUCCAUCCACACAACAACAGAUGUAUCAACCAGUACAAUCUACCAGUGGAUACCCAUAUUCCCAGGAGUUCUACAACUUUGAUGCCUCAACACCAGCUGUCUACUCAGGAUACGGAUCACCAGACUCCAGCUUCUCUCCUGUGUCAAUGCCUUACAGUGAAGAUCAUCAAGACUCAUACCCAUUCGACACUGUACCUACCUCAUACCCACUCGAUCAGGCAUACACCCCAGAGCUUACACCAAUAGAUAAUCAUAUGAUGUCUGUUCAAGCUCCAUACACAAACGGCAACCAAGAUACAACAAUGUAUUCACAUUUUGAUUGGAACAAUUUUGCCGCAAAUGGAUUCGAGGAUGGUACCGCCCCAUCCACACCAGAUAACUUUCUACCUAUUCAACAUCCUGAACCCACCUUCACUCCAGAUGAAUCGAUACCAUAUCACUCGCUGUCUGAUGAUGAACCAGAGGGUGAGGAGUUGAUUGGCAUGGGAUUGUACGAUACUCCAGACAAUAGCAAGAUGUCAUUGUCAGAUCCUCAACUUGACAACUACCGAAUGAUGUCGUCACAGCUUCUAGGCAACAGUUAUCGUCGACCCGAAGGAGUUGGUAAAGGCUUGAAGCUGGAGGAGACAUGGCAACCACCCGCUGAAAAGGACGACGACGAGGAGGACGGUGAAGGGGAGGAUGACGAGGAGGAGGAAGUUGUACCCGAGAAAUCUACACAACUGGCUGACGCUACCACUUAUAUGAUGGGCACUACACAGCCCUUCCCCGACUUCGAUGGAAGUUACGCAAUGAAUUAUGCAAGCUGGAUCUAA